AUGAUUCAAACCUACGUGGAACACAUAGAACGCUCCAAAUUGCAGCAGACAGGAAGCCAAUCUGAAGGCACCGGCUGUGGACGAACCAAAGCGGACCGGCCUCCUUCGCUGAGCCUGUACCCCACCGGUGAAGGCAUGGUAUGUGGGGGUCCUGGGGGGGCUAGGAUGGUGCCCGGCAAAGACAUCUUCAGCCGUGUCCUUCAGGAGGACGGAUCAGAGUCAGACUCGGUGCCCGCCACGCCCAGCAGCACAGGGAGCAAAUCCAACACGCCCACCUCGUCUGUGCCCUCGGCCACUGUCACUCCCAUCAACGAAGGCUUCUCCCAGAACUCAGACUUCGAAAUGCGCACAGGGAACCUCCGCAAGGGGGCCAAGAGGCUGAGUCGCAACAUGGAGGUGCAGGUCUGCCAGGAGACCAAGAACGUCAGCAUUGGAAUGGGCAGCAGUGAGGAGUGGACCGAGUUCCAGGAGAUUAUUGAUUCCACGCCAGAGCUGGUCAUGUGCGUGGAUCCGUGCAUGUAUGGCGGAGGCAACAGUCCUUCUCAGGGCAUUGUCAACGAAGCCUUUGGCAUCAACACGGACUCUCUGUACCACGAGCUCAAAGAUGCCAAGUCAGACGUGAUCGGGGAUGUAGACGCUGGCGCCGAGCUGCUAGGGGAAUUCUCAGGAAUGGGCAAAGAGGUAGAAAACCUCCUGACAGAGAACAAGCAGCUCCUAGAAACCAAAAAUGCUCUGAACAUUGUGAAGAAUGAUCUCAUAGCCAAAGUGGACGAGCUGUCGGGGGAGCAUGAGGCGCUCAGAGAGGAGCUGGAGGCUUUGAGGCAAUCCAAGAACAAAGUGGACACUCGGGUUAAGGAGCUGGAGGAGGAGCUAAAGAGACUACGAGCAGAGGCGCUGGGAGCUUCUCGAGACUCCAAGGAUGAGUGUGGAGAUGACUUCUCAUCCCCAAUGCAAGACGGCGACAUGACCAUGACCCAGAGGCGGCGCUUCACUCGGGUGGAGAUGGCCCGCGUGCUCAUGGAGAGGAACCAGUACAAGGAGAGGCUGAUGGAGCUACAGGAAGCUGUCAGGUGGACGGAGAUGAUCAGGGCGUCCCGGGAGAGUCCACCAACACAGGAAAAGAAGAAGUCCACCAUCUGGCAGUUCUUCGCGCGGCUCUUCAGCACCUCCUCCAGCCCGCCUCCCGUGAAGCGUCCAUACUACAGCGUGAACAUCCACUACAAGUCCCCAUCCCCCGCCUUCUCCCAGCGCCGCAGCCACACCAUGUGCCAGAUCUCCACCUCCAACCGCACCCUGGAGUUUUUCCCUGAGGAUGACUCUGCCCUCAUGACUCGUAGAGAGCAGAGGCGAGAACAGUACCGUCAGGUCCGCGAGCACAUGCGGCGCGACGACGGCAUCAUGCAGGCCUGUGGCUGGAGCGUGCCGUCCCGCUUCAAACAGAGCGCCGUACAGGCUGACAGUGCUCCGGACAGUGCCCAGAAGAAACCACAGGCUACCAAUGAGAAAGAAGAUAACCGCAUCAAGAAUGUCCCUGUGCCAGUCUACUGCCGUCCAUUGGUGGAGAAGGACCCUAAUAGGAAGUUGUGGUGCGCAGCGGGAGUAGAUCUCACCGGAUGGAGGGCGAGCCAGGAGGCCACACUCAAAGCCUUAGCGAGCAACGGAGACCCACUGAACGCAGAGGAGGACGGAGCAGACAAGAGGAGCAGCCCAGAGAAGAGAAAGCCGAAGGAGCUGCAUGAGACAGAUGCCUUGAACAGCCGUGUGUGGAUCCUGACCAGCACGCACUCCGCUAGUAAAGUGGUCAUCAUCGACGCCAACCAGCCCGGCUCCCUGGUCGACCAGUUCAACGUCUGCAACGCUCACGUGCUCUGCAUCUCCAGUGUGCCAGCGGCCAGUGAGAGCGACUACCCUGCAGGGGAGAUCGUGCUGGACCCAGGAGACGGCUCUGUGGGGGAGGACUCAGGCGGCGUGGAGGGGAUGCUCGCCGGAAUCACCCUGGUGGGAUGUGCUACCAACUGCAGCGUGGCCCGAAGCAACUGCUCUUCCCGCACCGACACGCCGAUCCAGGACAAAAGCCAAGCACCCGUGGCUCCUCCUGUCAGUGCUAAAAUGCACCCGGCCCAGUCUGCAGAGGAGGCCACAGAAGCCACAGAGGUGCCAGAGUCCACACCCAACCACAGUGAGGGCUCCGGACCCCCGGGACCCUUCACAGAGCACGUGUUUACAGACCCCCAGCCGCGCUCUGCUGAUGCCUCCGACAGGAGUUCAGAACGGUCCAAAGAGGAGACGUCGCAUUCAGCCGAAGAACAUGGAGCUGACGAGGCCAAAAACUACACCAGUGUCGCACCGUCCAUGUGGCUCGGAGCACAGAACGGAUGGCUGUAUGUCCACUCCGCUGUGGGGAACUGGAAGAAGUGUCUCCACUCCAUCAAGCUCAAAGACUCAGUUCUCAGCUUAGUUCACGUUAAAGGCCGUGUGCUAGUAGCUCUGGCAGACGGGACGCUGGCCAUUUUUCACCGAGCAGAAGACGGUCAGUGGGACCUGUCAAACUACCACCUGAUGGACCUGGGCCGGCCUCAUCACUCCAUCCGCUGCAUGGCUGUGGUGCACGACAAGGUGUGGUGCGGAUACAAGAACAAGAUCCACGUCAUUCAGCCCAAGAGCAUGCAGAUCGAGAAGUCGUUUGACGCCCACCCGCGCAGGGAGAGCCAGGUGCGGCAGCUGGCCUGGAUCGGUGAUGGCGUGUGGGUGUCCAUCCGUCUGGACUCCACGCUGCGGCUGUACCACGCACACACGCACCAGCACCUCCAGGACGUGGACAUCGAGCCGUACGUCAGCAAGAUGUUAGGGACUGGGAAACUUGGCUUCUCCUUCGUAAGGAUCACAGCUCUACUCAUCGGAGGAAACCGGCUCUGGGUCGGCACUGGGAACGGCGUGAUCAUUUCCAUCCCUCUAACAGAAACCAAUAAAGUGUCCCCCACGUCCUCUGGAGGUGUGAUCCAUGUGUACGGGGACGAUGGUUCGGAGAAGAGCACUGGCAGCUUUAUCCCCUACUGCUCCAUGGCACAGGCCCAGCUCUGUUUCCAUGGACACCGCGACGCCGUGAAGUUCUUUGUAUCUGUCCCAGGUAAUGUAUUGGCCACGUUGAAUGGCAGUGUGUUGGACAACCCCUCGGACUCGCAGGGGUCUGGGGCCCCAGAGGCAGAGACGCAGAGUGUUCAGAACGUCCUGGUGCUGAGCGGAGGAGAGGGCUACAUCGACUUCCGAAUUGGUGACGGCGAGGACGAGGAGACGGAGGAAGGAGACAGCAGCCAGAGCACAGAGCCUAAGUCGUCCCUGUGCAAAGCCGAGCGCAGCCACAUCAUCGUGUGGCAGGUGUCCUACAUCCCCGAGUGA